GGGAUAGAGAUACGAACAGUCAAGCUGUAGAAGGUUUACAGAAGGCAUUGCAAGAGGUGCAGACCUGUAAGUAGCUCACUCUUCCUCCCUCAGACAUGUCGACUAAUCAUCAUACAGUACGGAAAGCAGAGUUGAAGAAAUCUGUGGAAACAUACGAAUCCCAGAUCAAUGAUCUCCGGAAGCAGGUUCAAGUUGCAGAGGACGCAUCAAAGUCUGCGAAAGCGGCGGUCGAGUCCACGCAAAAAGAGCUGGAACGAGCCUUGCCGUUCGAAAAGGAAGUCAAAGAAAAGAACCUGCUGAUUGGAAAAUUACGACACGAAGCCGUCACACUCAACGAGCAUCUGACAAAGGCACUACGGAUACUAAAGAAAGGGCGACCCGAAGACAAUGUGGAUCGACAGAUUAUCACAAAUUACUUCCUGCAUUUUCUUAGUAUCGAUCGGAGUGAUCCCAAGAAGUUCGAGGCGCUUCAGCUCAUUUCUGCGCUGCUGGGAUGGACUGAGGAGCAACGCGAACAGGCCGGUCUCUCCCGCCCAGGAACAUCAUCUAGCUCGAUGGGUCUCCGCAUCCCAUUAUCCCCCUUCCGACGUACACCCAUGGGGAUCAGCGAGCAAAAGUGAAGACAUGGAUGUGGACUGUACUUAUAGGAUACCAUUUUUUAUACCUGUGCCGUGUGCUAUAGCUUCCAGCGAAGC